AUGGGUAUGAAUGUGUAUCAAGAUGCCACCCCUCCAUCGCCCUCCGAUGUUUACGGCAUUAUCAACGAGUGUCUUCAACACCUACACUUCACGGACGCGCUCACGCUCGCCGAGAUAUGCUAUGAAAAGACAAACUCUGACGAGAGCCUGCUGUACAUCUGCGAAUGUCUGCAACGGCUGAACCGGACCGACGAGCUCUACAAUUUGCUGAAUACAAACGCGUUGGUGAACCCCCGGCUACGCUACAUCUUCGCCAAGACAUGCUGCGAGCUCGGAAAGACUGGUGAAGCCGUUCGAGCCCUCAUAGCUGCCUGCGAGUCGAUGGACCUGUCCGGAUUCAACAAGCCACAAGCCAAAGUCACCCUGCCGAAGGAAGCUUCUCGUCUCCAUGCCGUCUUCCUCGACUCCCCCUCGGCCCCUUACGCCCGCGUGUUGCUGUCACAGAUUUUAUGUGAACACGGACUCGAGCUUGAUUCACGACACCAUGCAGCCAGGAGCAUUGAGCAGCAUCCGUUCCUGUGGUCGUCAAUUCAUCAGUACCUGAAGACGGGCGGCAACGAUAUUGUGGAUCUGAUGGACCCGAACAGCCGCCUCGUUUCGGCACCCUCGGAAAACGACGUGACGCCGAGAAUCGAAGAUCUGGCCAAGCAGGACAUGGAAGUUGACGAGGUGCUCGAGAAUGCCGGUAUCGACAGCAACAUCACGCCGGUGCGGACCGGCUUUGGCAAGCUUACGAACCAGGUGGCAAGGAAAGCACGGCUCGGCGAUGUUCCGGAAUUGAGACGCUCAACAAGAUCGAGCACUGCCUCACAGUAUGGUGCCGAUACGGAGAACGUCGGCACGCGACGGGGCUUGAAGACGCCGAGGGGCUCCGUCUUGGCACCGGGCAACAACACGGCAAACCGGGCGAUCACCCGCUCCUCGGCCAUCCAGAGCAAGAUCAGCACCUCGAAAUCGCCGACGCUGCGGAAAAGCGAAGUCAAGCAACCGCUCACCUCACGCAAUUCCAACCGCGUCACGACGUCCAGUACGGGUUCAGCUACGGGAAAUAGGUUACGAAAAAUUGACGAACGUGAUCUGCAAAAGGAACCGAAAGAUUUUGAACACGACGCCUCUCCACUUUACCGAACCAUUUUCUCCUGCUUCAAGUUGCUGGCCGGCGUCGAGCAGCAGCUGCACAAGUACGACUGGGAGGGCGCCAUGGACGAAAUUGAGAAUCUGGCGCCUGAGUUGCAAAAGCUGACCACGUGCACCUACCAGAAAGCGCGUGUCGUCUUUGAGAAGUGCGACUACACGUCGGCGCGCGAAAUUCUUAUAGAACUGCGGCGGAAACACCCGUAUCGUUUGGAGGGCAUGGACCUGCUGUCGACGACGCUUUGGCACCUACAGAAGAACUAUGAGCUUUCCCAGUUGGCACAGGAUUUGACAUCCGUCUAUCGGAAUCGAGCGGAAUCGUGGUGCGUGGCCGGGAAUUGCUUCUCGUUGCAAAAGCAGCACCAACAAGCCGUGGAUUGUUUGCGUAGGGCGGUACGCAUCGAUCCGCGAUACACAUACGCCUACACCCUACUCGGACAUGAACUCAUCGAGAUUGACGAUAUGGACAAUGCCAAACAGGCGUUCCGUCGCGCUCUCUCCAUCAAUCCGAACGACUACCGCUCGUGGUACGGCCUGGGGAUGGCCAACCAUCGCAACGACUUCCACUCUUUGGCCGAGCGGGACCUGAAACGAGCCCUCUCGCUCAACCCGAAAAACGUGCCUUUGCUCUGCCAACUUGCGAUCGUGGAGAAGUCGUUGAAUAAGAAUCGGGAAGCCAAGACGUAUCUGGAGUAUGCCUUGCAGCUCGAGCCGAGCAGGACCGUUAGCAAAUUCCACCUGGCCAAAUUGCAAUACGAGAUGGGUGAUUUUGACGCCUGCAUCCAGAAUCUUGAAGAGCUCAAGGCCUCCAGCCCGGAUGAAGCUCAAAUCUUCUUCCUCCUCGGCAAGGCGUACAGACGCCAAAACGACACCCACCACGCACUGCUCAACUUCAACUGGGCGGCCGAGAUGGACCCGCGCGGCGAGCAGACGAUGAACUACAUGAACGAGCAGCCGUACGACGACGAGGGUCAUUUG